AACUUUCUCCUGCGCCAUUUUCUUUCACACGCGAGACGGCAAGACGGUAGAAGGUAAGUGCUUAAUUUGACUGUCUGACUGAGUCACACGCAUGAUAUUUUAUGAUAAUUUAUAUUUGCUUCAUAAGUUGUGCUUAUUUAAGUAACAGUCUGUUGUAUUGAAUUCCACUUAUAUCCGGUACUAUCCGGUAACGUUAGGUAGUAGCUAGAUAGCUAGGUUAUAGCAAAUAUUCUAGCAUGACUCAAUACUCUCAGGUUAUAACAUUAACGUUAGUGAACAGUUUACUCCCUGAUAAUGAACCUAGUGUGUAAGCGGGAAUAUAUCGUUGAAAAAAAAGCGAAGUUAUUAGGCUGUACUAGUUAUGGCUAACUAGCUAGCUAAGCAAGCUGGCUAAAGAUAAGCUAACGUAGCCACAUUUGGUUGCUGCAAACUGAGAUAGUGAAAACAUGUAUGCUAGCCAUCAGUGACAUGAUUGGUCUGAUUUAUGACAUGGACUUCUAACCGUGUCCAUAUUUGUCUACAAAAACUACACCAUAACAUCAAGAAGCAUUUUGGUGCUAAUUGUAGAAAGACGUUGCAAAUGCAGCAUUAAAAACUACACCUCCCAUCAACGUUAGCGGUUUCGCGCUAUUUCGCGCACUCGCUAGUCUCUGGAAGUCAAGGGCCCGCGGAAAAAGCAGAAUGUUCUUCCAACCACCGAGUUCAUCAAGUAAAUAUACCAACAACGAAGAAAGAAAUGCUGGUUCAAGUGGAGUGCAAGGGUGUCCUGAAAUGGGUUCGAAUACCAGUUAAGGAUGACAGCUACGAUUACUUUCAGUUCAUUCAAGAAGUUUCAGCUAAAUUCAACUUGCCAAAUGAACCUGAUGUGAACCUGCAGGACUCCUCAGGAGUUGAUGUAGAUGCUGACAUUUUUGAUGAGUUAUUGAGAUCUGCUGCAGUAUCUUUCAAGGUGUCUAAUGAGUACUCUGCUGAGAAAGAGGUCUCUGAGGCCUCCUUCUGCUCAGAUGAUGGGUCAUUCUCACCCAUUGAGUCUGUGAGGUCAUUCUCAUCAGUUGAGUCUGAGAGUUCAGGCUCCACUGUAAUUACAGAAUGCACCAAAGCACGGAAAAGGCAACUGGUAUAAGGACCACCUGACAGUAAGGCAGCAAAAGAUAUGGUCUAUGUAGCUCUACAUCAAAAAACCGGGGGUGAAGACAUAUUCAAAGAGUACAAUGCGACCAAAGGCCUUUCUGAUCAAACAAGAAGGAAACUCGUCAACAUCCUGGUGGCAGAUAUGAUCGAGAGUCAUGGCUUUUACACCAGCCAUGUUAAAAACUAUGGUGUAGGAGGGUCCCACCAAUCAAUGUCCGCGUGACCUAUGCCCUUGGAAUAGUCACCCUUUUCCCCAAUUUGAAGGACACAGCUUCACCAACUGGUUAUGAACAUUACUACGAUCCUCACAGUGGCCAAGGUUACCUGGCUUACAGAUUGAAAACGGUUCAGCGCAAUACCACAAGUGACUUCAAGAGGACCUCCAAGUCUGCUGAACAACAUGGCCCUAAGACCCUGCGUGAGACAUCAACAUCUGAGCAGCUGUCAGAUUAACCAAGACUUCACAAUGCUAUUUGGAGAAGACGUCUCGGGCAAGUUUAUUGCAAAAUGGCCAACGUUCUACAAACCUAGGAUUAUCACUGUCUGCAAAGGCCUUCGCCCUGGUACUCAUGUGGAUGACCUUCUGUCUGCUCAAGAAGAAUCAAAUGAUUAUGGUUGGGACAGUGACUUGGCAGCUAUCCUCCUGCUCGUUCAUCUCUUGCCUCCAACCGCAAAAGGACCAAGACAUGGGAAAAUCAGUGCCACUGAAGCUACUGACCAUGUGGUCAAGUUCAUGAAGGUGGGGACAAGCAUGGUGACAUUCCUUGAAAGAGUUGGAUCAGCACAGCCCUUCCUCCUCUGUGUUGGGCAAAAGAAGAGUAGUAUCCAGAAGUUUUACGUCAUCCUCGAUCAGAAGGCCAUUCCCUGUGUGGCGCAGACAGCUGUGGCUGCCUUCGACGAACUGUUUAAGGCCCACUUCGUCUUUGCUGUAUCCUACGAUGAGGCCUUGUGCAACUUCUACACCUUCAUUCAGACUACAGUGUAUGGGAUUGACGUCGGCACUACAAAAGAGAGUCCCCGGGUCAAGGAAAUCCGGGCAAAAGUAGAUCAUAUUGAGGUUUGAAGAUGUUCACCUGUUACAUUUGCAAGGUACAGCACAAAAGUUGUUCUGCUUUUUUUCAACAUUUGAAGUUCAGUAAUGCUUUGUACCCAGGACGCACAUUGCGUUUGAAAUGUGGCCAGAAUGGGCGUU